AUGACAGGAAGGCUUCCAGCGUGUGUAAUUGAUGUAGGCACUGGUUAUACAAAAUUAGGAUAUGCGUCAAAUAAAGAUCCACAGUUUAUUUUUCCAUCAGCAAUAGCCAUUAAAGAGAGCGCACGAGUAGGCGACCAAUCUUCUCGCCGAAUCACAAAAGGAGUAGAGGAUUUAGAUUUUUAUAUUGGAGAUGAAGCCUUUGAUGCUACUGGAUAUGCAGUGAAGUAUCCAGUACGUCAUGGAUUGGUCGAAGAUUGGGAUCUUAUGGAACGAUUUUUAGAGCAGUGUAUAUUUAAAUAUUUACGUGCUGAGCCGGGAGAUCAUCAUUUUUUGCUCACAGAACCUCCAUUAAACACACCAGAAAAUCGUGAAUAUACUGCUGAAAUUAUGUUCGAGACUUUCAAUGUUCCUGGACUUUAUAUAGCAGUUCAAGCAGUGCUUGCAUUAGCAGCAAGUUGGGCUUCACGUCCUGUCGAAGAGCGUACAUUAACGGGAGUCGUAAUUGAUAGUGGUGAUGGAGUAACUCAUGUUAUUCCUGUGGCUGAAGGCUACGUAAUUGGAUCAUGUAUUAAACAUAUUCCAAUUGCUGGUCGAAACAUUACCUCAUUUAUUCAGAGUUUAUUGAGAGAACGUGAAAUAGGAAUUCCACCUGAACAAAGUCUUGAAACUGCCAAAGCAAUUAAGGAACGUUUUUGUUACAUUUGUCCGGAUAUUGCAAAAGAAUUUGCGAAAUAUGAUUCGGAACCAUCAAAAUGGGUAAAGACUUAUGAUGGAAUGAAUAGUAUUACGAAGCAAGCAUUUAAUGUUGAUGUUGGAUAUGAGAGAUUUCUCGGACCUGAGAUUUUCUUUCAUCCUGAAUUUUCUAAUCCAGAUUUUACAACGCCAAUAAGUGAAAUUGUCGAUAAUGUUAUACAGAAUUGUCCUAUUGAUGUUAGACGACCUUUGUACAAUAAUAUUGUAUUAAGUGGUGGAUCUACGAUGUUCAGAGACUUUGGUAGACGUUUACAGCGCGAUAUCAAACGAUCUGUAGAUGCUCGACUGAGAAUUAGUGAAAAUUUGAGCGAAGGAAGAAUUAAACCAAAACCAAUCGAUGUAAAUGUUAUUUCACAUCAUAUGCAACGUUAUGCUGUCUGGUUCGGCGGAAGUAUGCUGGCAUCAACACCUGAAUUCUAUCAGGUUUGUCAUACAAAAGCCGAGUACGAAGAAUAUGGACCAUCCAUUUGCCGAUAUAAUGCCGUUUUUGGAACAAUGACGUAA